CGGAAGUUAUGGUUUCCAGGCUGUGGGAGCAGGAAGUGUGCUGAAUUGAGUUUUUGACACCCGGGUACCGUCCUUUCCCAGCGCCUGGGAUGAGGCUCCUCCUGGGAUGUGUGGGGAUCAGGACCCUGCUCUCUGCCCCCAGGGGUGGGUGGCAGAGUCUAAAUUGUGCAGCCAGACUAUCCCAGACCACAAAACCCUGCCGGCGAGCGGAGUCCUUCCAACCACAUCUACAAAAAGCUCUUGGCUUCGGGUCAUUCAGGUUCAUCCGUUCUUCGGCCAAAGCUGCUGAGUCCGAAGAAGAUACCAUCAUCAAAUGGAUCCUCCUGCUGAUCCCGGUGACCACGUUUGGUCUGGGCACGUGGCAGGUCCAGAGACGCAAGUGGAAACUGGAACUCAUCAAGGAUAUGGAGUCACGAGUUAGAGCUAAGCCUAUUCCGCUCCCGACUGACCCGGAGGAGCUCAGGGAUUUAGAGUAUUGCCCGGUCAAGGUGAGGGGUCACUUCGAUCACUCACGGGAGCUUUAUAUUCUCCCUCGGACUUUAGUGGACCCGGAGAAAGAAGCUCGGGAGUCAGGUCGUAUAUCGUCCAGCACAGAGAGCGGGGCUCAUAUAAUCACCCCUUUCUACUGCUCUGACCUCGGAAUCCCCAUCCUGGUGAACCGAGGAUUUGUUCCAAAGAAGAAAAUGAAUCCAGAGACCCGGCUGAAGGGACAGGUUGCCGGUGAGGUUGAGCUGGUGGGUAUUGUGAGGCUGACAGAGAUACGGAAGCCUUUCGUCCCGGAAAAUGACCCUCAAAGAAACCUGUGGCACUACAGGGACCUGUCGGCCAUGGCAAGGGCCGCUGGAACGGAGCCUAUCCUAAUAGACGCAGAUCUUGCUAGCACGAUCCCCGGAGGGCCGAUUGGUGGACAAACCAGGGUGACCCUGAGAAAUGAACACAUGCAGUACAUUAUAACGUGGUACGGUCUCUGUGCGGCUACCACGUAUCUAUGGUGUAAGAAGUUCGUUCGGAAGUUUGCCGUGUGACAAACCCUUUAAGACUUACUGACGCUCCAGACCGGCUGCCUGGGGCCUGCCUGAGAUGUUACAAAACUUUUAUAACUACAAAUAAAGAAAAGGAAAGCGAUGUUUAUUUAAAAAAA